AUGGAAGAGAAGUCUAUGGAGGAAAUCAGAAAAACUCAAGAGGCGUCUGCAAGCAUCAACAGGAGGUAUGCAGCGUUGCGAGGUUUCGACUACCUAUCCGUGGUUGCCUUCAACAAGGUCUUCCUCCUGAACGCCCUGGUGCUGGACGGGAGGUACGACGUGGCGUUCUACCUUGACGCAGACGCCUUGGUAUUCAACUUCUCCUUCUCUCCCCUGCAGGCCUUGAACUCGAGCCAGCUGUUCGCCGUCUGUCGGGGAUCGUCAGAUGAGGAAGAUACGUGGGAUGUCAACGACGGGGUGAUGAUCUGGAACUUGAAGCAUGCCCGGGCACGGGAGUUCAGUCAGGCAUGGCUGGAUAAAUCUGUAAUUGCCAUGCUAGCGGGCAGGAACAGUGACCAGUAUGAACUACAGCGAUUACUGGAAAGUUCAGACCGAGAAGAGAGGGCAAGGCUGUACAGAGUUUAUGUGUCACAAGAUUUAGCUUUCAUGAACUACGAUGGUCCCAACGUGAAGCACUUCCUGCGGUCAAACUACACUGACUGGACGGGCUCGGAGGUGUCGGCCAGGCUGACGAUGAUGAAGCAAGUGAUUGAUGAUGGAGGGCUGCGCGACAAUCUGGAGGAUUUCAACGGCCUCAUGAGACUGUUUCACGUGCUGAGGUGA